GCGGAACACGAUUCGGAUCGUCCGCGUUCUCGCGAGUGAAGGAGAAAAAGAGAGAAAGAGAAACGCGGUGGCGGUGGCGAUAUUCGGACACUCUGGAUCGUCCGUUCUGUUAUCGGCGACAGGAGAGGCGGGGGAGACACUCGGAUGUGGCAAUCGUGUCCGGACGUUCGCGAACGGACGGUGCGGUCGGCGUCGAGCUCGCCUCGUCAAAUGCAGCCGCGCCGAGGAUACGGCCUGGCGAUCGCGUCGCCAAUGCCGAUGUCGUCCUCGCGUCGUCCUCUCGAUCGUCGCCAUCGUCAUCGCCUCGCGAUCCAGAUCGGAUGCUCGUGUUUUAAUCGAACCGGUUUUCGAGCGACGCGCUUCCACAAGUUCGCGUCGAAGCGGGAGCACGGCUGUUGCGGCUUCUAACGUUCGCGCGAAGAUUCGGGCGGGAUCAUCCUCGCGUCAUCCGGGGCACCCGGGACGUAAUCGAGAAAAGGACUCGAGAAAGAGAGAGAGAGAAAUUGUACGCGGGUGAUCACUGAGACGCAGCUGUUAUUUUUGACAUUUGGAACAGCUGACGAGUCGAAGCGUCUUGUCGAUCAAACGUUCGAAACGAUAGGUGUCAUUGCUGAUCUUCGAGAAAGUUUUUAUAUCGAUCGGAAACUUGGGAUUUAUGAUAUCGUAUCUACGACGCGUAAGAAAAUAUCGUUUUAGAUAUCGGAGCACGUUAACUCGGAGAUAUCGAUGAAAACGGUCCGCUCUGGAGCGGAAAGAGAAGAAAUAGCUCGACAAUAACUAUAUUGACAAGUGUAUAUAUAUAUAAUUUACGAUCAAGAGUUUAGACAAAAGAGUGCUGUCGUGUGUCUUAAAAAAGGAUAGAAAUCCGUGAAGUGUGUAUAUGUGUACAGAGAUCAGAGACUCCUAAUUAAGAACCUACUCAUGUGAAUUUUCGACAUUGAAGCGUCAAAGAGAAUGCUACCUCCAGCCGCCAUGCAUUUAGAGCAAAGAAUGGGCAAUGACAGACCAGCAGUGGCUCCGUACUACAACCGACGUCCCACAGCCGCGACAGGAGCUUCGAUGGGAUCCUUGCCACCGGCUCCUCGUGCGUCCAGCAGCACGGACGAUGAUCACAGUGGAUUAUCGGAGACGGAGAACAUCUCCCCGGACACGUCGCCUGACAUUCGCCGGAAUCGCCAUACCGCGUCCGGCCAGGACUCUUCGCGCAGGAAGCGCCGUGGCAACCUGCCCAAAGAAGCGGUGAACAUCCUGAAGCGUUGGCUUGUUGAGCAUCGGUACAACGCUUACCCGAGUGAGUCCGAGAAGACGAAUCUCAGCGAGCAAACCUCGCUCUCGGUCCUUCAGGUGUGCAACUGGUUCAUAAACGCCAGACGGCGUAUCUUGCCCGAUUUGUUGCGCAAGGACGGCAAGGAUCCUCUCGAGUUCACGAUAUCGCGUCGUGCUCGUCGCAUACAAGCUGGCGCUUCUCGACAGGGUCGAAGGUCUGAUCCGUCCGAAGAACUGAUGGACGUGCGAAGGUCCCAAAAUUGGGAUUUACACGCCGACAGGACGGCCGCAUCAUCGCAACAUCUCGAGAGGGAUCACGAUUACGACGAGGAACCUGCAUAUCGAAGCGAGGACAGUCCGAACGAUUACGAGAGUAGUCCGAACGAUUACCACAGCGAGGAGGAACGUCCUUCGAUACGAUGGCCCAACGUAAUCGUUCGCCCCUAUGCGGAGGCCCAAGUCGAGCAGUUAGACGGCGACGAUAUCUCUCAUCCUCCUGCUCGACGAAGGGACGACAACAAUUCCGAGAGUUCCCACGACACCUCUACCGGCGAACCCGCUGGGUACUGGAGCGCCCCUCGAGAGCACCUGUCAGCAACGCCUGGUGUUCAACAACAGCAGCAGAUCGAGAUCCACUAUCGUGGUCUGCCGCCGCGGACUCUCGAGAACGCCUUCGCUCACCAGGACAACGGGGAUUCCUUCAGGAUGCUCGUGGAGAUUGCCGUAGCCAGUCCGUACGAGCCUCCAAGGCAGCGACCGUCGUCAGUCGAUUCCUAAGUGAAUAGGACGGGACGCUUCCACUGUAGCCAGUGACAAGGACAACGAAGAGCAAGGAUGACGUCCCUCGCACAUUGGAUGACGACAAAAUGCGUCGAGGGAAAAAUUAAAUUAAAUUUUUAACUUUUUUUUCGUUGUCCAUAAAAAAUUAAAAAAAAAAAAAAAA